AGAAGAUGACGAUCGCGGAUGUUUAUCGCGUCAGACUGAGUUCUGUUCUCGAGUGAUGUCGCGGACCGAGUCCAGAGCGAUCAAUAAUGUUUUUAAACAGUUAGGGAAUAAAAUAAUAAUGACUCUUAACAGCUCGGGAAUAAAACAGACAAAUGAUAGUGAAAUACAUCAUCGUUGCCAGAAGCUGAUCUGAUGUGGAGCGAGCGCUGUGCUGCUGUGUCAUGAUGUGUCUCCUUCAUCUGCUGCUGCUCUGGCUCUCAGCGGUGCUCAGCCGCUCCUCGUCCUCGUCCUGCGGGCCGGGCCGGUCCUGGGCGGUGCGUCUGGACGCGGUGACGGCGGGGCGGUCUCUGGAGCGUCUGGCACACAGCGUGGCGGAGGAGCUGGGUCUGGAGAGCCACGGGCAGAUCGGGCAGCUGGAGGGACACUACCUGCUCUGCCAGCGACCGGAGGACAGCACAGACGUGCACUCCACAGAGUCAGCUCUGGACCGAAACCCUCAUGUGCUCUGGCACUCACAGGAACACAUCCUCAGACGCUCCAAGAGGAGCCUGACCUUCAAUGACCCCAGAUACCCCAGGCAGUGGCACCUGCACAACGAUGAGAAGCGAGGGAUGGAUGUGAAUGUGACGGGUGUGUGGGAGAGGAACAUCACCGGUGCAGGGGUCACUGUGGUCGUGGUGGACGACGGCGUUCAGCACACACUGGCAGAUCUUCAGCCCAACUAUAGUCCUGAGGGUAGUUAUGACCUGAACUCGAACGACCCUGACCCCAUGCCUCACCCUGACGGUCACAGUGAUAACCAUCACGGCACGCGCUGCGCCGGAGAGAUCGCCGCCGUCUCCAACAACAGCUUCUGUGCCGUCGGAGUCGCUUACAGAGCCAGGGUCGCAGGCAUCAGAGUUUUGGACGGACCCCUCACAGACAGCAUGGAGGCUGUUGCUUUCAAUAAGCAUUACCAGGUUAAUGACGUCUACAGCUGCAGCUGGGGUCCGGAUGAUGACGGACGUACAGUCGAUGGACCGCAUCCCUUAGGCAAGGUCUGGAGCGUCUCUUUACAUUUCAUUCAUGCAUUUAAGAAUGAGAAUCAAAAGACAUGCAUCCUUCAGCACAAGACUGGCCGUGACAUGACCAAUAUGUUCAGUUUUUGCGGCCCCAGAGUUCAUCAAGCAGUGGUUUUGCUCAAGCCUGUCUCUGUUUGUCUGCAGGCGGCUCUGCAGCACGGGGUCAUCGCAGGCAGGAGAGGUUUCGGCAGCAUCUUCGUCGUGGCCAGUGGUAAUGGAGGGCAGAAUGAAGAUAACUGCAACUACGACGGCUAUGCUAACUCCAUCUACACCGUCACCAUCGGAGCGGUCGAUGAGAAGGGCAAAAGGCCGUUUUAUGCCGAGGAGUGUGCGUCGAUGCUGGCCGUCACGUUCAGCAGCGGGAGCAGACCGCUGCGCAGUAUAGUGACGUCGGACUGGUCUCUGCAGAGCGGCACAGGCUGCACAGACGGACACACAGGGACGUCAGCGGCUGCUCCUCUGGCUGCUGGGAUGGUGGCGCUCAUGCUGCAGGUGCGGCCCUGUCUGAGCUGGAGGGACGUCCAGCACAUCAUCUCCUACACCGCUACACAGCAUGAUGAUGACGCUCAGGCCGACUGGGGAAUCAAUGGAGCUGGUUUCCGCCACAGUCACAAGUACGGCUUCGGUUUGCUGAACGCCUGGAGGCUGGUUAAUGCUGCUAAGGUCUGGGAGUCCGUCCCCUUCUUGGUGUCCUACCAGAGCCCGCUUUUAAAGGCCAAUGAGGACAUCCCAGAGUAUAACAAAACUCUCACGCACACCUGGAAUGUCUCUGUGUCUGAUCUGAGGCAGUCUGGCAUGCAGACGCUGGAGCACGUGUCUGUCACAGUGACGAUCACUCAUCCGCGGCGUGGGAGCGUGGAGAUCUGGCUCGUCUGUCCCAGUGGAAUGAGCUCUCUGAUCGGGGCCCGGAGACCACUGGAUGUAGAUACGACUGGAUUCACAGACUGGACGUUUUCCACAGUGCGAUGCUGGGGAGAAAGAGCCGAGGGACAGUACACCCUAAACAUCACUGACCACAAAGAGUCGAGUCUGUCAUCGGGCGUCCUGAAGCACUGGAGACUCACUCUGUACGGCUCGUCUCUGUCUCCUCAGCAGGUGAAAGAGAGAUGGAGGGUUGUUGAAGAGGCCAUGGGUGGACAGUAUCUGGACAGCAGUUUUGCUCUUCCCUGUCCUCCUGGUAUAGACGUUCCUCCUGAAAUCGUGAGCCCGUUCACCUCGAACAGCCUGAAGUGUCUGCUGCUGCUGGGCUGUUUCGCUCUCUUCUGGUCGCUCUAUUACACGCUGGAGGUGGCCCUCACUCACUGGGACUGGCGCGGGUGCAGUCUGAGCGCUACAGGACGCCACAGAGGCUUCCAGGCCGUGUCCACGAGCCCAGAGGACAGUCAGGUGGUGGAGAUCCAGCCCGAGACGGAGCACGAGUCUAAAGCCCCGCUCAUCGCUGCGGAUGACAACACGUAGCACUCAGGGAAACCAGCUCUCUCUCUCUUUCUCUCUCUCUCUCGGUCUCCAUUCCCUUCAUUUACAGUUCAGGUUGCUCUUUUGAUCAUGUGAGCAAAUGCUCUAUUUUAAGUUGCCUUAUGUAGUUUUCUUUGAUUUGUUUUGAUGAGAAGAAGAGAGCCUGAUUGAGAGUGCAGUAUUUGCAUGUGUGACUGAGAGAAUGUGUGGUGUGUGUGACUGAUUGACUGAGCGAGUGUUUUCUUGAUCGUGAUGCACUGAAUGUGUUAGUAUUAGGUCUAAAUACCUCCGACACUUGAAUUUUGAAAGAGAGAAAGAGAUUGUUUAAACUGGAGGUCUGCUCACCUGCAGACGUUUUACUCGAUCUAGUCUCUCUUUCUUUCUUUAAUUUUCUGUAAACCGAACUGUGGUAUUCUUGUGAACAAGAACUCCGAUGUGUUUUGAAUAAAAACCAAAAGAGAAACCGU